AUGCUGUGCAAUAAGUAUGGGAUUAGACGUUCCAGAAAGUUGCGAACUCAUAAGGUGCAGUCUGUGGUCGAGAAUGCCAGAGUAUGCAUUAAAGUGGAUACUAGUAUUCACACCUCGAUACUUGUCCAGCACAAUAAGCCGGACAUUGUGGUACAAGAUAAGGUCUCUGGCGAGAUUUCUAUCAUAGAAGUUGGCAUCACAUGUCUAGAUCGUUUGACCACGGUGGAAGUGGAAAAGAAGCGUAAGUACGACCUUCUUGCAAACGAGCUUGGGUUGAUGCACAGAUGCAAGGUCCUUGUCAUUCCUUGCGUGAUGACAUGGGAAGGAAUUGUAUCUAAGUACCACAAGGGUUAUCUCAGGCAGUUGGGAGUCGAUAGGUACAUUCAGGCCUAUAUGCAGUCCACUGUCCUGAAGAGAACUCUAGAGAGUGCAUCUGUUGAUGCGCGCAGAUCCAGCCCCCUAAUGCCACAUGGGCAGAAUUAUCGGCUGGAAAAUGCUCUCACAGAGCUAUUCCUUCGACCAGAAGCAGAAGAGGCUGGUCUCCAGACUUCAGAUGCGGACGGGUCGUCGGAUUAG